AUGACUCCCAUAUGUUCGUCGAGGACACCCACCGAUAUCGAUCCUGUCGUUGUGCCCGUGGUGCCUCAGCAGCCACUCCCAGUCUUCCUCCUCCUCGUGCUCCACCGCCGCAUAGAACGCCUUGGGCCACGACCACCACUCCGAAAACACCGGGUCGCCCGUCUCGACAUCGCGCUCGACGGUAUGGACGCCGAAGUUGAACCCGAGCAGCUCCAACAAGCGCGGCGGAUGCUGGGAGAGGACGUCCCAGAGGCCGAUCUCGACGCCCAGCUCGCACACGACGUUCACAAACCGGAGCGCUCCGCGCGUGCCAAACUACCCGGCGCACAGCACAAAACCGACAUUACCUCAAGAGACUCGCGCUGGAAGGAAGGAACAGCUCACGAAGUCCAUCCAGUCCUCCAUCGCCAUAUCCGCUUGUCCCACACGCGCAUACACGUGCAGCGCCGUCAGGCCGCACGGCAGGUUGAUGUCGAGGAACUUGCUGCAUCCCGUCGCUGGAUCUCGAGCAUGGCGGACGUGCUCGAGACGAUGUGUAUGGCGCAACUAUACGGAGGACCGGACGGAGAAGUUGCUCGAGCAGGACGACGAGGAAGCUCCUCGAGGCGGAGCAAGAAUGGUCGUGCGUCACCUUCUUAG